UCUCUUUAAGAGUCCCGAGCUCGCUCUCAAUGAACGCCGAGCAGACAGACGCAUGCUUCUCUCUUUCUUUUUGUAUUGUAACCUGAUUGUAACGCUUGUGUGUCAAAAGGAGGUGGAUCUGGCGCACCGGGAGGCCGUUCCAGAUUCUGCGCGAGCAAUUGGCUGCUCGUGAACCUUGUUUGUCCGCGGUCACGCCUUGAUCACGCACGCCACGCGCUCGGGAUGUCUCGUGCUUAUCGGGAUCACAGGUGCGCUUGCGACCUCGCGGACUUUUAGCGAGAUCAUCCGCACACUCGGUGCGCACUCCGCACUGCGCAGCUCAGGCUAAGAACCAGAGAGAGAGAGAGAGAUUGACGGUAACCGGAGAGAUGGCGGAGCAGCGGAUGUCGCGCUGGUACUUCGGUGGGAUCGCGUCGUGCGGAGCCGCCUGCUGCACGCACCCGCUGGACCUGCUCAAGGUGCACCUGCAGACGCAGCAGGAGGUGAGGAUGAGGAUGGUUGGCCUGGCCAUACACGUGGUGAAGAACGACGGUGUGCUGGCGCUGUAUAACGGCCUCAGCGCCUCGCUCUGCAGACAGAUGUCGUAUUCUCUCACCAGGUUUGCCAUCUAUGAGACGGUCAGGGAUGUGAUGGGCAGCGGCGGUCAGGGACCCAUGCCCUUCUAUCAGAAAGUGCUGCUGGGAGCGUUCGGAGGCUUCACCGGCGGCUUCAUCGGGACUCCAGCGGAUAUGGUCAACGUCCGGAUGCAGAACGAUAUGAAGCUUCCCGCCGAGCAGAGGAGAAACUAUAAACACGCGCUGGACGGACUCUUCCGGGUCUGGCGGGAAGAGGGAACCAGGAAGCUGUUUUCAGGAGCCUCUAUGGCGUCCAGCAGAGGAGCCCUGGUCACCGUCGGACAGCUGGCGUGUUAUGAUCAGGCCAAGCAGCUGGUGUUGGGCACAGGACUCAUGGGAGAUAAUAUACUCACACACUUCCUGUCCAGCUUCAUCGCUGGGGGUUGUGCGACGUUCCUCUGCCAGCCGCUGGAUGUAAUAAAGACCAGAUUGAUGAACUCUAAAGGAGAAUACCGAGGUGUGAUUCACUGCCUGACUGAAACUGCCAAACUGGGACCACUAGCCUUCUACAAGGGUUUAGUUCCCGCCGGGAUCCGCUUGAUUCCUCACACGGUCCUGACCUUCGUCUUCCUGGAGCAGCUGAAGAAAUACUUCGGCAUCCGGGUGCUCAGCUGAACUUUGACCUCUUGACCCCUUCCCUCUGGCCUCCUCUCGAAGCUGCUCUCACUUCCACAAUAUUAGUUCUGGACAAUCUCACAUUACUCAAUCAUGACCAACUCAACAUUUUCUCUGAACAGUCACUUCUUUUUCUUUUAUUAAAUUGUUUUGCUCGGGUGAGUAAAAUCAUGACAGAAUUUCAUUUUCACUGAACUGUUCCUUUAAGACACAAACAAAACAGUCUGUGUUGCUUCAAGGUUUUUAAACGUUGCUACAUUCAGUCUGUAUGUAUUGUUAAACUUUUUUAAUGGUACAAAUUCUAUAUUUGUGACUCUUUGCUGGGUUCGAUUGACAGAAGGGUCAGGGGUCACAGAAAAGCUACGAGGGGACAGAAUUAAAACAAGUUUUACUUUAAUAACCAAAUUAUGGAGCAUCACAGAAGAAAAUAAACCAAGACACAGACUGAUGGGGACCCAGGACUUCUGUACUUGGUGCUAUGCUUUCAGUUUUCAUUAUAUUUCCGUUCUUUUUGUAAUAUUUCUGCUGGAAAACUUACGCUCGGCACUGAUCUGCGGCUGAAAUAUUGUCAGAUCUGCUGUAGUUUCUGCUGAUGUGCAUGUAGUUGUUUUAGUGUUGAGGUAAUCAGGGCAUUUAGUGAAUGAGUUGCACAGAUUACUUGUAGUCCUUCUGUUUUGUGCUUAGGUGCUGAGAAUAUCUGGACUCAUCCUAAACUAAGCAUAUAACAACACAGAAUUAGUGCAAAUGUAAUUUAAAUAUAUUAAUUUAGCUUAAGUUGUUAUAUUACCAUAUUGGUAGAUGCGUCAAAACAGACCCUUUUCUGUUGUUGUUGUUUUAACACACUAAUAAUGACACUGAACACAGGAGAGGCCUGAUCUCUCGGUGUCCAGCAGAGGGCGCUGUGGUGCACUGAAGGUGCGCGCAUGCGUGGACGCGCAGAGCCGCUUGUGUGCAUCGAGCGUUUGCAAGACAGUAUUUCUGGGUACAAACAGUUUGUUUUUCUAUCAAUUUAUUUGUAGCUCAGGGUGUUAAAAUUGAGGGUUGAAAUAGUUGUUGCUUGACGUGAGUGACAUUGAGCUGCUUUCUAUCUUGAUAAAAAAAGAUGUGCAAACUAAGAUAUAAACUGGUUUAAACUGUCUUUUCAGAACGGUAUUUUGACUAAAAUGAAAAUGUAUGGAAAUAAAAGUACUAACACAAGAAAAUCAGGUGUAAUUAUUUGUAUAUGGAAAUUUUUGUAUUCAGCUCAUACAUUACUCAACCUGAAAUGUAGGUUAACCUUUUUUUACCUAUUUCCCUCCAUUUUGAACACUGGAUCACGCAGAGUUUCUGCAGCCUGACAGAAACACGACUUCCGCGUUAAACCACCAGCUUUCAGUUUCAAUUGUUGUCAAAACUUCGUGCGAGUAAAACCCAUGAAGAGAAGCGUGAUGGAGCGGUUACACGCGUAGGAGCAGAACAACAGGAUAUUGUGCUGUUAAGGCUUGAGCAGUAAACAUGCAGAUCCAUGUCUAACAGCACAGAGAGAUCCACUCGUGGUCCAGACGCUCAAGAUGAGGCGAGGAAGCAUGUCUCAUCCUCCACAGUUUUCAGAGCUCAAUAUUGUGCUGUGGGGUCCGACUGGAGCAGGGAAGAGUGCCUCAGGAAACACCAUCCUGGGUGGAGACAGAGAGACAUUCGAGGAACAUCAUCAUUUUACGUCUGAGACCAAAACCUGUGCAUCAGCACAAACAGUGGUGGACAGACGAGCCAUCACUGUGAUCGACACCGCUGUGAAGAUUACAGAUGUGCAGACACAAAUAGAGCAGAUAGUACAGAGCACACCGCUCGAUGUGUUUCUGCUGGUGAUCAAACUGGGUGAGACGUUCACCAAGGAGAAACACCAAGCUGUGAAGAGCGUCCAGGAGAAGCUUGGAGCCAAGGUCUUGAAACACACAAUAGUGCUCUUCACUCACGCCGAUCAGUUAGACGAGUCAGUCGAAGAUCAUCUGGGAGACUGUGAAGCGCUGCGGUCAGUAGUCCAUCAGUGUUCAGGAGGAUUUCAUGUGUUUAAUAACAAGGAUGGAGAUCGAGCUCAAGUCACCGAGCUUCUGGAGAAGAUGGAGUCUCUGAGGAGGAGGAAUGGAGACAGGAGAUACACUGAGCAGGACUACAAGAGGAGGAGGAGAGAUCUCUGGCUCAAGAAGUGUGACGUCUUCGUAGCGAUAGCUUUAGCAGCAGCAACAGUGUUAGUUUUAGCUGGAGCAGUAUUAAGAGAAGGAGCUGGAGCUGUAGACGGAGGAGCAGCGUUAGAAAGAGCAGAUGUGUGGAGAUCUGCAGGAGUCGGAGAAGCAGCGAUGAUGAUGGCGUCGGCUGCUCCUCGAACAGCACCAGCAGGGUUACUGGGAGCAGCGGGAGGUGCAGCUCUUCUGGCGGUCGCAGCUUGUGCUGGACUCUACUUUCUGGCAAGAAAAUAUCUCUCUAGAGGAAAUGAUAAGAGUGACUAAAAUACACUAGCAUCACGCUGUAUGUAGCAUGAGUAGAACAAGCACGUUUGAAAUAAACACAUUCAUUUUCA